AAUGAAUUGUCGAGGCGAUUCACGCCUUUAACCCGAAUUUACGCUAUAUCAUAAAAGAGUUUUCUUACUCAAGUGCAGAUCCAUGAACCAAAAGGCUGAUUUUCAACAUGAGGACGUGGCAGUUGGUUGUGUUUGGAGUGACUGUUCAUCUGAUCUUCUUCUACUCUAUUUUUGACAUCUAUUUCACUUCACCUUUGGUACAUGGGAUGACUCCUUUUAUCUCCAUCUAUAAUCCUCCGGCCAAGCGUCUCAUGCUCUUUGUGGCUGAUGGACUUAGAGCUGAUAAGUUUUAUGAACCCUUAGAGAAUGGCAAAUUUAUAGCACCUUAUCUCAGGUCUGUGAUUGAGAAUAAAGGAGUAUGGGGUGUAUCCCACACCAGAGUGCCCACUGAGUCACGCCCAGGUCAUGUGGCUCUCAUAGCAGGCUUCUAUGAAGAUGUCAGUGCUGUAGCAAAAGGAUGGAAAGAGAAUCCUGUAGAGUUUGAUUCAGUUUUCAAUGAGAGCCAGUACACCUGGUCUUGGGGAAGUCCAGACAUUCUUCCCAUGUUUUCCAAAGGAGCCUCUGGGGACCAUGUAUUUAUGGAUUACUACCCCUCUGAGAAUGAGGACUUUGCUGCUGCUGAUGCAUCUAAACUUGACACCUGGGUAUUUGAUAAGGUCAAGAUUUUCCUCCUUGAGGCAACCAAGGACUCUGCAUUGAUGGGAAAACUUCAAAAAGACAAGAUUGUUUUCUUCCUUCAUCUGUUAGGCAUUGAUACAAAUGGUCACUCUCAUAAACCAUUCUCACAGGAAUACUUACGGAACAUAGCAGCGGUGGAUUCUGGGAUACAGGAAAUAGUACAGCUUUUUGAAGAAUUUUAUCACCAUGACAACAGAACUGCAUACCUUAUGACUGCUGACCAUGGGAUGACAGAUUGGGGGUCUCAUGGAGCCGGACAUCCUUCAGAAACCCUCACCCCACUGGUGGCCUGGGGGGCAGGGAUUCGUGGUCCCAGGGAGCAUAAUUCACAGCUUGAUGAAGAUGGCUUCUCAAAAAAAUGGAAAUUAAGUCAUUUACAGAGAUCUGAUGUACAACAGGCAGAUUUAUCUCCCUUGAUGGCAGCACUGAUUGGUGUGGCCUACCCUGUCAAUUCUGUAGGUAUUUUACCUAUAGAGGUUCUGAACAUACCAAUUCCUGAUCAAGCAGAGGCUAUGUUUGCAAAUGCUCAGCAAAUUUUGGCCCAAUUUAAGGUGAAAAUGGAACAGAAAAAGAGAACAACACUGUCUCAAACUUUCAGACCAUUUAUGGAAUUAACAGAAGAUAAACAGGUUUUGCAUACCAGAAAGAUUCGAAAUUUAAUUAAAGAGAGUCGUUAUGAAGAAGCAAUAAAAGAGUCUCAACAUAUGAUACAGCUAGCAUUACGAGGAUUAGGUUACUAUCAGAACUAUGACCGCUUCCUGCUUGGACUAAGUAUCACGGCUUGUUUUGUGGGCUGGGGAUUCUAUGUCCUGACCCUUAUUAUGAGGGAUCAUGUGGGUUUUUCCAACAAGAGAACUUUCCUUGAUGAGAUAAAUUCUCCAUUUUUGCUCUCAAGGACAUUUAUUCGAGGUUUGGCUGCAGCUGUUGCCAUGGUGAUUAUAGUAUUACUCGUAGUCCAGUCUCUACCUUGGACCUACUACCUUUAUUGCCUGGUUCCUGUUCUGCUGUGGAUGCUGGUUUUAGAGAGGUGGCAUAUAUUUGUGACUGUGAUCAGCAAGCAAUGGAACACCAGUGGGAUGUCUGCCAUAGUAGUAACAGUCAUGUGCUUAUUGGGCCUAGAGGCUGUGGUGGCUGGAUUCUUCUACAGGGAGAUCUUCUCCAUAGGUUUUAUUGCCAUAGGAGUCUGGCCAUUCUGGGCUUACAGAUCUAGGUCAAGUAAUCAGUAUGCCUGGCUGGUGAUCUGUCUGAUGUUGUCUGUGUUUCCUUUACUUCCUGUUGUUGGGAGACAAAGUAACUACUGUUUGGUACUCUUGGCUGGACUCCUAGCCUUAAUAAUUGGUGCUGUGGUUGUAAGAGUACACCUGGAGGAUGCAAAGGGUGCCAAAAUGAGAUUUAUACAGCUGACCAUACUUCUGACUGCCAUUUACAAUCUGUGGUCAGUAUCGUCCAGUAUAAAAAGAAAAGAAGGACUUCACUGGUUCAACCAGGUUCUGUCCUGGGCCAUUCUAGGUACCUCCAUAGUGGUCCCCUUGCUGAGCCCCACUUUGGUGAUACCACGGUUGUUCUCCAUUGCAUUUGCUUUUUUUCCUGUCUACCUGCUUAUGAGUUUAUUACAGGAGGCUGUCUUCAUUGUGUGUUUCUGUGUUGUGUUGUACUUGUGGAUUCAGUUGGAGAAAAGUGUACAUAAUACCAAAGGAAAGAAUCUUCUAACAACUGAUUUUGCAACACCAUCAUCAGGAGAACGCCAUGUGGUGGCCGAAGAUAUACGCAGAUCUUUAUUUUAUAUUUUCUUUAUACUUGUAGCUUUUUAUAGCACAGGGAAUAUAGCUAGUAUAAAUAGCUUUGAACCUGCUGCUGUUUACUGUUUUCUGACCGUCUUUAAUCCAUUUAUGAUGGGUGCUCUCCUAAUGCUCAAAAACAUUCUACCUCUGGUGCUGGUGGCAUGUUCUUUCCGUACCGUCCAAAUCCUGACACACAUUCCCACCCGAGCUCUGUUUCUGAUUGUCAUGAUCAUGUCCGAUAUUAUGGCAUUGAAUUUCUUUUUCCUGGUGAGGGACUAUGGUAGCUGGCUGGAAAUAGGAACAAGCAUCAGCCAUUAUGUUAUUGUGAUGUGUAUGAACAUCUUUCUCAUGAUUCUGUUUGGGGUAUCUCAUUUUUUAACCACGAUCCAAAUCAGACUGAAGAACUCUUAAUACACUGGAUAGCUAGCCCCUCCAGACUGGGUGUGCCAGAUUUUAUACAACUGCAUGUGGAAAUUCCAAAUUGUUUCAAUGUCAUUUAAACCCAGGAAAUGGAAAAAGACAUUGUUUCAGUUUCUGUCUGCAGUUUAUCCUCUGAGUACAUGUCAACUCAAAAUAAAUUAUUUUACAAAAUA